AUGGUUUCUAGUUGUCAAGACGACGGUGCCCAGAAGUUUCACUGGACAUAUAUAAACGAGUUUCGUCGAGGAUUAGAAGAUUGUAUAGAUGUAAAGGACGGUGAUAUGAGUAAUUUAUAUUUGGAGAGAUGUCACGAAAGAGAAGAUGGAAAUCAAAGAUUUGCAUACAUGAAGAAAACAAAACAAAUUCGUCAUCAAGGUACAGGCCGCUGUUUGGCUUUGACCAAGAAAAUGUCACGUCACAUAACACUGGAGCUAUGCGAUCAACAAUCGGAACUGCAGAAAUGGCAUAUGAACUUACAAGAUAUUAACAAACCAAUACCAGAAUGGGCGAAGAUAGCAUCCUUACUAAAACGUUACAAACCUUAG